AUGGGGUCCUGGUGGGUGAAAGUUGGGAGUCUCCUGGUGGGGCUGGGGGAGGCUCCACCUGUCGGGCUGUUGGGGCUGGGGGAGGCUCCUCCUGUCGGGCUGUUGGGGCUGGGGGAGGCUCCUCCUGUCGGGCUGUUGGGGCUGGGGGAGGCUCCUCCUGUCGGGCUGUUGGGGCUGGGGGAGGCUCCUUGUGUUGGGAAUAAGCACAGCAGGUCAGAGGAUGGCAGCAGAGAACCAGGUCCAGGUGAGCAUGGCAGGUUCAUUGAUUCUAAAGGUUUUCCUGUCAUGUUGAGUGGAAACCAGAAGAAGAGAGCUUGUGUGGAGGAAGAGCACAAAUCAGAGCCUCCAGUAUCUACCUGUGUGUCCAAACAUCCUCCUCCAGACUUCACUCAUAAAGCUGGAUCCUCAGACUUAAAGGUGGAGGACAGACGGGACAGCACUACACCUCCCACACAUAAUGAACCAAAUCCGUCCACAUCCAACACAAACCUCCAUGUGUCUGAGGACAGCAGAGACGAUCAGCUGGAUCCUGAUGAUCCAGAGAGGCUGAAGCAGCAGCAGCAGCUUGAGUGCAGAGAGAAUCUGACUGGGACGAGUCACUGGCAGGACUUCACACCCAAAGUGCUGACUGAGUCUGCAAACAUUUCAUACAGGUUCAGCUGUCCUUGUCCAGGUGUGUUCAGGUGUACUUUGACUGGACUGGUGUUUGGUACGGUUCAGGAGGCGGAGCUGCAGUACAGGACUGUCCAAUGGGAUGAAAGCCUUCUACAACCAGCUGGCAAGAUGGCUGCAGGGCCGCUGUUCAACAUCCACAGUCCUGACGGUGCUGUCAGUCAGCUCCGCCUGCCACACUGUGAAACCAGGGAUGUUCCUCUCCCUGAUGGUUUGCUGUCUGUCGUCCACAUCACUGAUGAUGGAAUGAGCAUCCUGGAGCCGCUGGAGAUUACAGACACUCAUGUGGUUGUGAACGUCCCUCACUUCUCUCUCCUGGGCCUCGUCUGGGACGUUGUCAUGAAGUUCCUGAAUAUGACAGUUAGGGGCCAGGUUCUGCUGUUCCUCCGACCUCCGGAUGAUGAUGAUGAUCAAAUACUUGAUGUAUUUCUGCUGCAGGGCAACAUUCCUCUGAGCGAGGUUGCUGCCCAACGAGGAGCAGCUGAGAACAUUGAGAUCUCUUCUGACUGUGAUCUCAGCAUUGGUCAAAGCUACAGUGUUCACUGUGAACCUGAAGCCUCCAUAAUCCAGCCUGAGCGUGUACAGUUUCGCACAAAGCUUGGACCAAACUUCUUCCCAACGUUUGAGGUUUUCCUCACAACAAACCCAGAGAGAAAGACUUUUAUGGUCCAAGACCAAGAGGGGACACAAGUGUGGAAUCGGGUGGUGAAACUGACAGGUUCAAGAAGUGAAAAUCUACAGAGGAAUCUCCAAGCAAGGGACGUCGCCACAGUGGGGGAAAGCAGCACAGCAGAGGAAUCUCCCAGCAGGGGGCACCAACCCAGCAGAGGAAUCUCUCAGCAGGGGAAUCACCCAGCUGAGGACGUCAUUCCAGCAGAGGAGAGGCUGCGCUCCAUACGGACACAGUUUGUUACCAGAGUGUCUGAACCUAAUCUAGACAAGCUUCUGGAUAAACUUCUUGAGUUUGGUGUUAUAAAUGAUGAUGAAAUGCAGUUAGCCAGCACAAAAACAGCAGCAAACAAAGCUCGAGAAGUGAUCGACAUGGUGCGAAGAAAGGGAACUGAAGCCAGCUCACGCUUUAUCAUUGCCCUCCGUGAGGUGGAUCCAAACCUUUCCAUACUGCUCAACUUAAGAUGA